AACAUCUUACACACGUUUUGCAUUGUUCUUUUUCCAGGUUAAAGAACUCGUCCUUGACAACUGUAGGUCAUGCGAAGGCAAAAUCGAAGGCCUUACAGAUGAGUUUGAGGAGCUGGAAUUCUUGAGUACAAUCAACGUAGGCUUAGCCUCAGUUGCAAACUUACCAAAGUUAAACAAACUUAAGAAGCUUGAGCUAAGCGACAACAGAAUCUCAGGAGGACUGGAAGUGUUGGCAGAGAAGUGUCCGAACCUCACGUAUCUAAAUCUAAGCGGCAACAAACUAAAAGAUCUCGGUACAAUAGAACCUCUGAAAAAGUUAGAAAACCUGAAGAGUCUAGAUCUUUUCAACUGCGAGGUAACCAACUUGAACAACUACAGAGAAAAUGUGUUCAAGCUUCUCCCACAACUCACAUACCUCGAUGGCUACGAUCGGGAUGACAAGGAGGCCCCAGACUCUGAUGCAGAGGGCUACGUGGAGGGCUUGGAUGAUGAGGAGGAGGAUGAAGAUGUGAAAGAUUGGGAUGACAAAGAAGCCCCGGACUCUGACGCAGAGGGCUACGUGGAGGGCCUAGACGACGAGGAGGAAGAUGAAGAUGAAGAGGAGUAUGAUGAUGAUGCUCAGGUAGUAGAAGAUGAAGAAGACGAGGAGGAAGAGGAGGAAGGAGAAGAGGAGGAUGUGAGUGGAGAGGAAGAGGAGGAUGAAGAAGGCUACAACGAUGGCGAGGUCGACGACGACGAAGACGAAGAAGAGCCCGAUGAAGAGCGGGGACAGAAGAGAAAACGAGAACCCGAAGACGAAGGGGAUGAAGAUGACUAAACUGAAUAACCUAUUUUGAAAAUUUCCUAUUGUGAUUUGACUGUUUUUACCCUGUAUUUCCCCUCCCCACACCCCAACCUUUUUUUUUUUUUUUCUUCCCCCCCCCUUUUCUUUUUCCUCCUGAUUGUAAUGUUGCUGUGGGAACGAGAGGGAGAAGCAGACUGGGUGGGCAAGGGAAUAAAAUACUAUUUUUACUGCC